GAUGUUCCUCUGAGCAUGUGUGAGCUGCCGCUUAGCUGCCUGCUAGCAUACCGACAUGGCCUCAGACAAGCAAAACGAAGUUAAAGUUCCUCCUUCGGAUGAAAACAAAGAAAACCUUCCGGACGGAGGACUCGGACUGGAGAUUUUGCAAAUCAUUAAGGAGUCCCAGCAGCAGCAUGGCCUCAGGCACGGAGACUACCAGAGAUACAGGGGCUACUGCUCCCGCAGACUGCGGCGUCUGCGCAAGACUCUUGGCUUCAAGAUGGGAAACAGACACAAGUUCGUGGGAAAGAAAAUCACUGUCGAGAUGCUUUCUGACAACAGGUACCUUCUGCUGGUUUUGAUGGAGGCGGAGCGGGCAUGGAGCUACGCCAUGCAGCUGAAGCAGGAGGCCAACACCGAGCCACGCAAGCGCUUCCACUUGAUGGCCCGACUGCGUAAGGCCGCCAAGCACAGCGAGAAGCUGGAGAAGCUGUGUGAAAGCCCCCGAGUCGACGCCAAGACGAAACUAGAAGCACAGGCCUACACUGCGUACCUGACCGGUAUGGUGGACUUUGAGCUGCAGGAGUGGAAACUUGCCAUGGAAGCCUUCAACAAGUGCAAGACUAUCUAUGAGAAACUAGCCAGUGCGUUCACUGAGGAGCUGGCAGUCCUGUACCGCCAGCGCGUGGAUGAGAUCUCGCCCAACAUCCGCUACUGUGCUUAUAACAUCGGUGACCAGAACGCCAUCAAUGACCUGAUGCAGAUGAGACUGACGGGAGGCGGCGGAGGCAUGAUGGCCGAGAAACUCGAGGCUCUCAUCACUCAAGCAAGAACUAAGCAGGCUGCCACCAUGAGUGAGGUGGAGUGGCGUGGACGGAGUGUGCCCGUCAAAAUCGACAAGGCCCGCAUCUUCCUGCUGGGUCUGGCAGACAAUGAGGCCGCCAUCGCUCAGGCCUCUAACGAGGAGACCAAGGAGCAUCUGUAUGAGACCCUGCUGGCUGAGUGCAGAGACACCAUCCAAGCUGUGAGAGAGGAGCUGAAGAGCGAGGCGAAGCAGCGAGAGAGGAGCUCUGAGGGCGACAGUGGGAAAGUGUCCAACCUGCAGUUCCUGCACAGCUACCUGACUUACAUCAAGCUGUGCACGCUCGUGAAGAGGAAUGAGAGCAUGGCCCACACUCUGCAGGCCAAGCUGAAGGAGCCCGAGUCCGACGAGAACAAGAGGGGCCCCCGUCCGCAGGACCUGAUCCGCCUGUACGACAUCAUCCUGCAGAGCCUGGCCGAGCUCUCCACCCUGCAGGGCCUGGAGGACGACCACACCUUCCAGAAAGAGGUGUCUCUCAAGACGCUGGUCUACAAAGCCUACAGGUGUUUCUUCAUAGCUCAGUCUUACGUGCUGGUGAAGAAGUGGAGCGAGGCGCUGGUGCUGUAUGAGCGGGUGCUGAAAUACGCCAAGGAGGUCCAGUCCAAGGCCAAGAGCUUCAACAACAGCCUCAAGGAUCUCCCUGAUGUCCAGGAGCUCAUCGCCGAGGUCAAUGCCGAGAAGUACUCUCUUCAAGCCGCUGCCAUUUUAGACACCGAUGAAACUGCUGAAGCGCCCUCCCAGCAGCAGGUGAAAGACAACACGCCUCUGUGCGACCGUCUGGAGACGUUCCGCCUGGACCCCGCCCUGGUGGGGAAGCAGCCCAACCUGGUCCAUUUCCCCCCCGAGUUCCAGCCCAUCCCCUGCAAGCCGCUGUUCUUCGACCUGGCCCUGAACCACGUGGCCUUCCCGCCACUGGACGACAAGGUGGAGCAGAAGGGCAAGGGCGGCCUGACCGGCUACAUCAAGGGCAUCUUCGGCUUCGGCAGCUAGACCCAGAGCCGGGACCCCCGCGUCCGGGCCGCGAGGCUCAGAGUCCACCAGUUCACCAGAAUAAUUUCACUUUCCUUUAUUGUUUAAUUUUUGGUGCCUCUGUGCAGAACGAGUGGAGUUUUCAGAAUGGAGGAAAAGUCGAAUGAGUCUGACCUGAAGGGGAAGAUUACAGGAAAGUUAUUUGAAGUAGCAAUACGACCCGAGUCCACUUCCAAUCUGAUCAAGUCGUCAGGCUGUUCUCUACGACUUCUCAAUGCUACAUAUUGAGUCAUUACAACCAAAAAAAAAUCAAUAUAGUAAACUUUUUAGUUUGAGUGUUUAAGUCUUUCUUUUCUUUUUUCUCCUUUUGUGAGAAAGCUUUUCUCUUGAACCUGAAACUUAUUUUCAUUUUAUCUAAAGCAUGAUUGCAGCCCGCAAUUUGAAAAACUGUAGAGCAGGUGGGAUUUAAUCAUUUUCAAGACCUUGUUUCUUUAUUUGCAUCCUUGUUUCCUGAUCUCUCCCACUCUGCAUAAACAUUAACAUGUGAUUCCAAACGUUUCUCCUUCCGAGCUCACCACAUGCUUCAUCUAACAAUCUUCCUCUGUGCGAUGUGAUUCAUACAAAUUAGUUUUUCCCAGUUGAAGAGAUGGAUAAAGUGCUCGACACCAUCAAGUCGUCCUUCCUGGACCGUGUAAAAGAAAAAGUUGUGGAAUCAUGUGAAGUGUUACAGAUUGAGAGAGAUGGUUUAACAGGUUCAGACACGAGAUAUUAAGCAAACUGAACUUGUUGAGCAGCACAGGAGAAGCUCGUCUGGGUUUUGUCUUUCGAUCAGACCGCAUGCGGCCUUUUAAUCUCCGAAUUGAUGAACUGGUUCUGAAAUGAAUUGAGACAAAGAGCAUGAACACGAAUAAUGACUGACAGAGACGUGAGUCAUCCUUUGAAAUCCUGAAUAUAGUUCAGAUGUUCUUACUGUUACUUCUUAGCCGUAAACGACACGGAUCCAUUUCUAUAUGACAUGAAAUUGCCGCAGUCCUGCUGUGAUCGCUUCCAUUGUGAACGUUACCUUUCGUGGUCAUUUCAGGAGGAUCUGUGAAGACGUUUCAGGGGUGUAGCGCUCAUUUGUAGUGCUGUUGGUUUUUGUAUCCAUUCUCACAUCUAAUAACUUGUGGUUGAAAUAAUAUAUUGACUCCACGUAUUUUACCAGUCUGUCCUUGACUCUUGCAGUGUUUUGACUCCUUGUACUUAAUAACUGGGUCGUGUCCAACGGCGGUCACCGUCAUAUCAGACCAGGGUCCAACGUCUCCGCCACAUCACAAGUUCGUCUUGUCUCUUUAAUAUUUCCUUUAAAGCAGCUGUAUUUUUGUUUGCAAGUGACGACAGCAGCCAUUAACACAUUAACGCCUUUCUUUUGUCGCGCUGCCACGCCCGUUCAGUCCAGUCUCGAGUCAAACGCUUUCACCACCAAGAGAAAGACCUUCUGUCAUCCGUUGUUUUCCAGUCUUGAUACGUUUCUCCACAAGUGUCUCACUUCCUCUCUCGGGAUUCUGGUUUACCUGAUUAAAACAAGCUGGAGGACGGUUCGACUGUCGCUCAUGUAUUCGACCCUUUUGCUUAUUUUUGUCCUUGUUUUGUUUCCUUAUGUGUUUUGUGUUAAAUAACAAAGACAAAUGUGCUGAAUGUGUCCCGGCACUUUACCUCGAUCAGCCUGGAAAACGACACCGGCUCCAUGUCAGACCCAAAAAACGUCAAGCUUUCAGGCAUUUUUAUGCUGAAUACAGUUGUUUUUUAGGAUCCUUCCAUCAAUCAUGGGCUCCUUAUCACAUUAUAUACAUUGAAAUAUCUACAAAUCUUAAAGGAAACUUUCACCUGUUUGGGUGUAACAAGGUGAUCUGUAGAGAAAUCGUUACAGAAACAUUUAUAUUCAGUCUACAACCGUGCAUAAUAAAUAGACGACGGCCACUGUAACUGUUGGGAGGACACAUGAAGAAUUCUGGAAGUGUACGGUUUUAUUCUGUUUCCAGGCCUCUAAUUAAAAUAUAUUUGCACCA